CUGCAGUACCGAUAGCACGUUACUCACCGACAUCCACUGUGCCGGCGUCCGUAACAGGAUGGAGAAGACCCACAUCUCGGUAGCUGCACUGUUGCUGGUGCUGGUGUCACUCACGGAGCCCUGCGAGUCGGCUAAGAUCCUGGGCCUGAUGAGCACGGCGUCGCCCAGUCACUACCACUUCAACCGCGCCCUCAUGCUCGAGCUGGCCCGCAGGGGCCACCAGGUGACCGUCUUCACCCCAGACGUGGAGAAAAGCCCGGUCCCCAACUACCGGCUCAUCCUCUCCGAGAGGGGCUACGAGGGCCUGCGGGAGGGGGAGGAAGAGCAGUUCGAGGACCUGGCAGAACGCAGCCACUGGUACCUGGCCAAACAGCUGUUCGACUGGGGCGAGAUGUGCUGCGACCACGCCAUCAACUCCGAAGGCGGUCGCCGGCUGAUGGAGCUCACCAAAAACGAAACCUUCGACUUGAUCAUAGCCGAAGUGAUGAUACAGGAGUGCCUCUUGGGAUUCGUACACGAGUUCGGAAAUCCCCCUCUCAUUGGGAUCAUAGCCUACGGGAGUCCUCCGUGGGCCAACGAGCUGAUGGGGAACUUCCACAACCCCGCCUACGUGAACACCUACACCUUGCAGCAUACGGACCACAUGACGUUCCUGCAGAGGGUCCACAACUUCGUGUUCGACACAGCUGUCGGCCUCUACCGCAAAUACCACUACUUGCCAGUGCAGGACGAGAUCGCUCGGAAGUUCUUUGGCAAGUCUGUGCCUCCGCCCAGUGAAAUAGAGAAGAAUUUUCAGUUUGUGAUGGUGAAUGCGCACUUCAGCUUCGACUACCCGAAGCCUCUGGUGCCGGCCAUUAUAGAGAUUGGUGGAUUGCAAGUGGAACCACCGAAGCCACUGCCUAAGGACAUAAAGCAGUUCCUCGACGCGGCGACGGAAGGCGUCAUCUACAUGAACCUGGGCACCAACAUCCGCAGCGACAUGCUCAAGGACUACCAGCGGAGGGCCUUCCUCGAAGCGUUUGCAGAGCUGCCCUACAAGGUCCUCUGGAAGUUCGAGGCUGAAGAUUUGCCGGGGAAGCCGGCAAACGUCAAGAUCAUGAAGUGGAUUCCGCAGAACGAUGUCCUGGCCCACCCCAACGUGAGGGUGUUCCUGGCGCACGGCGGCCUGCUGGGGACCUUCGAGACGCUGUACCACGGGGUGCCGGCAGUGGUGGUCCCGUACAUGCUGGACCAGGCGCUCAACAUGCACAAGCUGGCCGCCCACGGCGUCGCUGUGGAGCUGGACCCUCUGACCCUGACCAAGGAGAAGGUCUUGGACGCUCUCAACAAGGUCCUCAAGGAUCCCAGUUACAGGGAAAACAUGAAGCGGCUGUCAGCCAUCUAUCGGGACAAGCCGCAGACGGCCCUGGAGACGGCCGUCUGGUGGACAGAGUACGCCCUGAGGCACCGGGGUGCGCCACACAUGCGUUCCGCUUCCCUGGAUCUCUACUGGUACCAGAGGUGGUUGCUGGACGUCAUCGCCUUCGUCCUCCUGGUCGCUGUCUCGGGCUGUGCUGCUGUCUACCUUCUAGUCAAGAAGCUCAUCUCGUCACUCUGGCCCAACAGUGGGAAGGUCAAGACCCACUGACAGGGAUAUGGGCAAAUAGGGCUCAUCAAAACGUGUGGAGGAUGCUGUAUCUCUGUCUGUCUUGUAGUGAAGAAGCUCAUAACUUCACUCUGAGCCAACUGUAGAAACGCCAACACCUAUCAUGACAUAUGAGAAGCUCCAGACCAACUGUCUUGUAGUGAAGAAGCUCAUAACUUCACUCUGAGCCAACUGUAGAAACGUCAACACCUAUCAUGACAUAUGAGAAGCUCCAGACCAACUGAUACACAUGUGACCAGAUGGGAUUGUAAUCAGUGCAUGUGGUGGAUGAUUUUGACAGUGCACAGUGCUCUCAAAGAGCAGCAUCUUUAGACUGUGAUCUCUCACAUGGUUUACGUUUUCUAGUCAGUCUAUUGCUUCUAGUAAUUCCAUGCAGAUUCAAAAGCAAACAGUGAAAGACUAUAAACCUGAGAAUAAUGAACUGUAAUGUGUGUCGAGGUGGUUGCUAGACUGGAAAACCUUCAUUCCCUGAACGCAUGUAGGUAUGUUAGUAGAAAAGAUGUUCCCUGAUUUGGAAGAUUAAUAGCCACCCAUACAGCACAGUCUUCUUAGAUUUGUGGUCCACAGUUCCAGGCUGGAGGAUAAUAAAGGAAACAUACUGAGGACAGGAGAGCCAUUAUAUCAGAACUGAACAUGAGUUUAGUUUCGACAUAUACGAGAUCACAAGAAUGAGUCCUCUGUUUCCUACCCACCGUUUGUUCUCCUGUUAGGUCAGGACGAUUAUUGUCAUCUAUCUAGACGUGAGCAAGAAUGUUCCUGUAAUUUGUACUGUUAAUACAUAAGCGUCAU